AUGGCGAGGGUCACUAGAGGCUCAGCAGCCAGGGAGCAGACGUCUCAAUCGCGUCCACAAAACUCCCACCUGUCGAGUCCUCCCGCUACUCCUGAUGGGUUGCCUGCAAAGACCCCAAAGUCAGCAUCUACACUCAAGAAGCCUUCUGCUCCCAAAACGUUGCCUAUCACUCCGAACAGCCCGCGGAAGCGCUCACGCGCAGCUGUCAAGGAUGAGGAUGACAUUAAUGAGCUUCCGCACAACCUAGGCAGGAUUCCCGAGCCACUUACUACCGAAGAGAGUCUGGACGGAGAACUGCCCGCGAAGAAGACCAGGAAGCGCGGCCCAGCGAAGAGUGUCACUCCCAAGAAGGAGAAUGUGCAAAAUGUUGUGAACAGGGCAACGAGCACUGCAGAGUCAUCUGCCAAGAAGUCGAAGAAAACCAACAGCUACGGUCUUGUCCCAGGCACGACUCCGUAUCCGGACUGGCCCCAUCCAACUCAUGAGGAGUGUGAAGAAGUUAACCGUCUCCUGUCAAGCGUUCACGGAGAGGUCAAAGCUCCAGAGGUGGUGCCUCCUCCUUCUCUCGACGUCACGGGCUGUGGAGAAGUGCCAUCUGUCCUCGAUGCACUUAUCCGUACCCUUCUUUCCGCCGCGACAUCCGGUGCUAAUUCCAGGCGCGCAUUCCAAGGCCUUGUCAAGCGCUUUGGUAUACUCGAAGAAGGAGUCGGCAAAGGCAGUGUUGACUGGAACAAAGUUCGACUAUCUGAUCAGAAAGAAGUCUUCGAGGCCAUCAAGAGUGGUGGACUGGCUGAUAAUAAGAGCAGAUACAUGAAGAAGAUCCUACAGAUGGUCUGGGAAGAGAACCAGGACAGAAAAGCUAAGCUCGCCGCAUCAUCAGAUCCUGUUGCCAGUUCUACGAACGAAACCAAAGAGGAGAAGGAUGCUGAGAUAGCAAAAGCGCAGAACGAUGUUCUCUCUCUGGAUCAUUAUCACCUCCUCUCUGUUGAGGAGGCCUUCAAAGAGCUGACCAAAUUCCCUGGGAUUGGUGCAAAGACUGCAUCGUGCGUCACGCUAUUCUGCUUGCAGCGCCCAUCGUUCGCCGUUGAUACCCACGUCUUCCGUCUCUGUCAGUGGCUUGGUUGGGUCCCGCCGCCAGGCCACUCGGCUCUGCUCCCACCUGGAAAGAAAGGCAAGCCUGGCAAACCGACGCGCGACAGGACAUUCGCCCACUGCGAGGUCAGAAUUCCUGACCAUCUCAAGUAUCCAUUGCAUCAGCUCUUUAUCAAGCACGGCAAGACAUGUCCGAGGUGCCGCGCCAAUACAGGCGAGACUUAUGGGGAUUGGAACAAAGGAUGUGUCAUCGACCACCUGGUGACCAGGACCGGCGGCAGAAAAGGUGGAGACGUGAGUCCGGCGAAGGGCGCAAAUAGCAGUAAAGCGAGGAGGCAAGCGAAGAAGAAGGCAUGGGGCCACGACAAUGAGUCUGAUAGCAGCGACCUCAUAAAUCUUGGGAGCGACGAGGAAGGGGAGUCGGUUGCUACCUCCUCGGCUGGAGAUGACGAGGGUAUCGAUUUAGUCGAUUGA